GACUAUUCAUUGCGUUGUGCAUGGUCGACUGACGGCUGAACGAACGGAAAGGACGGAUGGAAAUCGCGAUUUGCGACCGCUGCGUUACGUCUCGAUACCGCAGUAUUGCACGGGAGGAAUAAAGGAGAGUUUUUUCUCGAAAGACAGCAACGACGUGAAACAUUUCGGUAUUUAUCCGCGUGCGAUCACCAAAGAACCGUUCCGAAUCUCGAAGCGAGUGGUGCGUUUUGGUCCGCAGAUUGAUUGAACAGGUCGACAAACUCGGUGUGCUGUGUUAAGUAGAGAAGGAGGAAAAAAAAGUUUGCCAAGCACGCCAACAUCUGGUUUUUCACCGGAAUCGCUAAUCGUGAGAUUUUCUGUGCGAAAACCCGUGGGCCACGGCUGGCCGCGAGGCUGAGGCUGAGCCCUCGAUCAAGGCCUUCUUCGUCGAAAUUGUGUGCGGUGUUUCGAUUGUGCAAAGAAAGUAGUGAUAGGUGCUGAAGCGUUUAGUUUGGCAGCCGAAAAGUAGUGAGAGAGUGACCGAAAUAAAACUAGCCUCUUCAAUGUUAAGUGGUGAAAUUCGGCGAAGACAAAAGUCCAAUAAGAAUUGAGCUUGAGUGAUAGUUUGAUAACACAGGUGGAAAGUUUUCCCCGCUUGUGAUGAAACGGUUUAAAUAAUUGAUUCCGCCGAUCGAUAAACUUAUUUAUAUUUCUGUGCAAUUGAGACCACGUUCUGGUGAUUCUUCUGCAACACACAUUAGACAGUAAUUACCUGCCUGGCACCAUAACAGGAGUUGUAACCCACGUGUGAGGAAAGCGGUGCGGUAAAAGCAACAGCAAACACACAGCCUAUCUAUCUCCAGCAAGCAGCAGUAGAGGGCCUCGAAUCCUCUCGAGUUGACCAUAAAUGUACUGCUGCUGUCGCUACGGGUCUGGUUCGGCACGAGAGUCGUGAGGGCCUUGAUGAUGAUGAAACCACCGGAGAACGGUGGUGCCAAUAAGACUCAUGUGCAAAUACGGUAAAAAAAAUUGAGGACAGAAUAGCAAAACAGUAUGAACAUACUGUUUAUGUCUAGUGGAUUGCGAUUGCAGAAAUUUUGUAAAAUCAAAACAUCGCAGUGGUCAGCAAUUAACCCAGUAUAAGUGCCCUGUUGUGAACUAUGGAAGUAAUUAUUAUCAGGAACUGUGGCUUCUAGAGCCUAUAACCUAGAUUUGACGAAAGCAACUCACUCACACCUGCUUGGGCUGUGUGCUGUGUAAUCAUGAAUAAGACUGAUUCAUACCCAUAAACUGUGUAGCCCACGAAGCAGUUUUCGUAUUUUAUUUCCACACACCUCACUUGUUUACUGAGUCAUUGAUCUCAGCGUCUGUGCUAAGAGCGCCCGCGUCUGUAAAAAUUGCGUUGUUUUGCGGAAAGCUACAUCAUAACAUUUUGCGUUUGAUUUGAUUCGGUUUGGUGUAAGACAAAGGCGAAGAAAACAAUGAUUUCCCACAAGAAGAAUUACGUCGAACAGCUACUGCAUCUGGCGUUGACACUGAGCCUACUGCGUGUGGAUCCGGAAAACUACCUGGAUCUGCAAUGGGAAACGCGCCUGGCCGGAACGGGUGUGGGGGGCUGGCAGCUGGAACUACGAGCCGCUCCUCUAACCGAUCAAACUUACGUCAAUCGAAAAGCUUUGCCAUCGAUUAUUGAAGAUUUGGCUCGUUUCGACACGCAGUACAAUGUUCCUUUUAGACAUUUUGAUCUGCAGGCCUAUCUGCUCAACAUCCAAAAUUCAAAUUCCACUAAUCAAACGUCGUCUACGCGUGCUCCGUCACCAAUACCGGAGCAAGCAGAUUCAUCCGCCAGUUCGGCAGUAACGGCUGAUCCGCUUCUACUGCCUACUUUCGAAUCAUUUGACACCGAGGACAUUUUUCUCAAUUCCGAUCCUUUUGCCUACGACAGUAGUUCGAUUCUGGAGCAGAACAUGGCCGAUUUGAACGACUUUGGCGAAGCACCGAUCAAUAGCUACGCGCUGGAUCAGAUCCCGUUGAAGAACGAACCUCCGGCAAUGUUCGAAGAUUUGCUCCGUUUGCCCUUCGAAAAUGUUCAUGACCAUCUGCAACUGUCGACCCUCGAGGCGGAGGAAGCUGGGGGUAGUUCGCACGAGUGUUGUCAGUCGUGUGAUGCUCGCAAAAAGGGAAUUCCGUCUGUCAAGGUGAAACAGGAACCGCUCGGUGAAGAUCAAGCUGUUGCUUGUGGCGCCCCCAGCACGGUGCAGGUCAAGCAGGAACCUUCGGAUGAUUCGCAGACUGAGACGAUUAAAAGGGAACCGGUCGAAGACGAUGAAGGGAGGGAACAGGAAGAUAUAAAGAUUCCUGUGACGGCGGAGCUGACGCAGGAGGAAAUGGAUUUAAUUGAGGUACUGUGGAAACAGGACGUGGACUUGGGGUUCACGCUCGCACAACCGACGGCAGGGAGCGCUACGGUCAAGAGUGGAGCCGAUAGCUCGGAUGAUCUGGAGAAGCUGAAGGUGUUGCUCGAGAUCAAGAAGAAUGAAGAUAAGAAAAAAGAUGAUAAGAAGGAAUCAGACGAAGAUCCAUGGGCUGGACUGUCGUAUACAAUUGAUAUUGAGACGGGUGAAUAUGUACUCAACACGACGGACGUCGACAGUGAGGCCACACUCCCACCACCGUUAGCUGAUUUGUUUCUGGCCGAGGAACUAAACCUACCGGAUCUGAUCAACGAAAACGUUGAGGAAACCAUCGAAGAGCCAGCAAAAAACAAGCCAACCACCGCCGAGGAAGACGAGGAGUCCGAGGUCAAACGAAUCGAGCGGGAACUCGAAACAUCGGCUGAUGAACUGUGCCAAGGUGCUGCCGCCAGUGUCCGUGGUUCUUCUGUAUCUAUUUCUUCUUCCUCGUCCUCUGGUGUCGGCAGCGACAAGAGCAGCUUGAGCGGCGGCGAGUCCCCCAAGCAGGAGCACAGCGUCACCGUUGUUGACGAUCCGGAAGCAGCUAUUGGCGGAUCGGCCGAUGCCGAUCUAGAAGCUCUACUGUGCGAUAUGAUGAUUCAAACGUCGUCCGGCCACUUCCAGCAUCCGCGCCAGCCGAUGCAAAACUAUGGCCACGGAAUGCACGGUUCACUGCGGCAGGGUGGCUAUCACCAUCAUCACCACCAUCAUCAUCACCAGAUGUUGUUGCAGUCCCGUGUUCCGCUGAGCCGCGCCGUAUCGGUGGAACAGCGCUGGCAGGAUCUGGCCAACUUGCUCAGCUUUCCACCGGGCAUGGGCGUCGGCAUGGGGGUAGGCGAAAUGCCCCCGGCCCAUCCACAUCCGCACUAUCCACCGCACUAUUCCUAUCAGGCUACCGGUGCCAUUCCCCAGCAUGGUCAGUAUCACACGCAUGCCGCCGUCCUGCAGAACGCGUCCCUGGCGGACCUCGGUGGACCGACGCAGCCACAUUACGGGCCCAAUCUUGGCUCGGCCGUCGCCACCAGUAUGCAUCUGACGAACUCGACCUCGGAAACGGAUGCCGGGGCCACCGGGUACAAGAUGGAUCACGAAAUGAUGUACUAUUCGAAUGCAUCAUCAGAGAUGAAUCACACCGAUGGCUUCCUCAACUCGAUCCUGGACGACGAUCUUCAGUUGAUGGACAUUGCCGUGAACGAAGGAAUGUACACCAUGCGCAUGCUGGAACAUAACACCACCAGCAGCAACUCGUCCGUACUGGGAGGAAGCGCUACCGGUGGUGCCAUCGGAGGAGGACCUUCGGGAGCUGCCGGUGGUCUCGGUAAUUCCGCCCAUCUGGGUGGUCUAAUGUCUAGCGCUGCUGCAGCUGCCUCAGCUGCUGCCGCCGCCGGUGCCAUGCAAACUUCAGCCCACGGUCACGGUCCCAACGGAGCGGCCGGGGGAACGACUUCCGGUGAUCGACUGGAUGCGUCUAGUGACAGUGCUGUGUCGUCGAUGGGAUCCGAGCGGGUUCCUUCGCUAUCCGAUGGUGAAUGGGGUGACGGAGGCAGUGAUUCUGCCCAAGAAUACCACAACAAAUACGGAGGACCAUUCGAUUACAGUUACAACAGCAGCAGCCGCUUGGGUGACGGAACCCGACAGCCUCCGGUAGCGCAGAAAAAACAUCACAUGUUCGCCAAGCGUUACUUCCAAGAGCAGAAUACCACAAUUCCGGCGCUGGCGCCAUCGAACAAUGCUUCCUCCGCUGCAGCCGCCGGAGUCGAUCAUCAGUUGAAUGCCACCAUACCCAUCAAGUUCGAGUACGACUACAUGAGUCCAGCCUCGCUUAGCCAUCUCGAAGGAGCCGUCGGACCGAUAACAAAGCAAGAAGAUCAAACCAGUGCACACAAUCCGCUGUCCUCAGUUGACAUGAAAUAUCCGUACUCGCUGGACUACUCUCGCCAGAAUCCGUCGCUGGGUUCCGCCGCUCGUAGUCUUCACCACGACGUGAUUCAUCAUAAUCACACGUACACGUUACCACACAAUAAUGGCGCCAAUCCAAAGCCACAGACCCGUGACAAGCGGAUUCGCAAGAGUGACGAGGAGCAUCUGACGCGGGACGAAAAGCGAGCCCGAAACUUGCAGAUUCCAAUUCCGGUGCACGAUAUUAUCAACCUACCGAUGGAUGAGUUUAACGAGCGUCUGUCCAAGUACGACCUCAACGAGCAACAGUUGUCGCUGAUCCGGGACAUUCGUCGUCGUGGCAAAAAUAAGGUUGCCGCUCAAAAUUGUCGCAAACGCAAGCUGGAUCAGAUUGUAUCGUUGGCCGAUGAAGUGAAAGAAAUGAAAAUGCGUAAGGAGCGCCUCUUGCAUGACCGCGAGACAGUUCUUGCCGAACGAAAACGGAUACGGGAUAAAUUUGCCACCCUGCAUCGUCACGUUUUUCAGCAUCUUCGUGAUGGUGACGGCAAUCCUUACUCACCCGAGCACUACAGCUUACAGCAGAGUGCCGACGGUUCGGUGGUGCUUGUGCCACGCCGUAUGGACCGGCAGCAGCAGGAAUUAGCCGCCGGUAGUAGCCAUCACCAGCAGCAGCAGCAGUUAGGAGGCAUGUCCUCGGCCGCCGCUGCCGCUGGUGGAAAUGGUUUAAUGCACUCUCAUCAUCUCCACCACCAUCUUCAGCAUCAGGCGCCGCAUCACGGCGGUAGCAGCGGCCCACAAACACACGGCAAUGGAACAUCCGCCAGCAAUUCCAGUGCCAGUCACCAGCACCGUCCAAAGGAGUGAGACCGGCCACACCACUAUCACUGCUACUACCAACAGCAGUGUAGGCAUCAUCAAUACUAUCACCAUCAUCAGUGGCCGGCGCUAUUUUACUAAACCCCGUACAACAGUAAUGCUAUCGUAUCUGUCCGUAACGGAAGUAGAAGACACAAGCAACACAAUGACGGGGGAGGGCUACAGUGAGCCCACGGACAUAUACACAUAUGAACAUAUACACAUAUGAACAUUCACAUACACACACAAACACGAAAGUACCUCAGGAAUUUAAUGAAAAAUUUAGGAUGCCCCUCAAAAGCUUAUAUUAUCAUUGUUCCCUCCCACGUUUCAUAUACUUUUCUUCGCGUGUGCAAUGUUGAAAAAUACUGAGCUGAGCUUGAAUGGAGCGAAGGGACAUCCAAAUUUCCGUUCAUAGCCAUUAGUUCCCUUUUCGAUAGAGUGGUGGUACGUAGUAGAAUUCGCAAACAGCUCAGAGAUAGUGAGGGCUGCUGAGGAUGCUUGGUGAGAAUGUGAGCGUCAGGCCCACAGGUCUUUUGGUUUCAGUUCUCGAGUGAAGGAAAAAUUCGUUGCUAAUUGCGCUCAUAUUGAGCGCUUUAGGUCGAAUUAUGUCAGUUCACUACACAGCGAUGUAAACAUUCUUCCCACUUACUACAAGAGUACGCUCCAGCAGACGGAACAGAACAGAGAAACAGUCCAAAUACAAAACAAAAAACAAUAGAUAGGAGAGCGCACGCACAGAAAUUUCACACACAUUCCGAUUGUUCAAAAUUCUUUUUUGAUCAAAGUGAUUUAUAUUGCGACUAUUUCGUUCGUUUUUUUUUUUUCUUAAUUUCUUGUCUCGGUUAAGGUUUGUGGAUUUGUAUGAAAUAAAAACGGGAAAUUGGAAAAUCUAGUUGUCUACACAUGAGAGGGUGAAAAGUCAAAAUUGAUAACAUGAAGAUUCGGAGUGUUUACACGUGUGAAUUGCUUGCAAUAUGAGACAAAAAACAAUUGUGACUAGCGUUUCAUUAGGAUUUUAUAACAAACACACACACACACAGAGAACACGGCUGGAACAUGUUUCCACGUUGAGAGUGCGAAGCGUUGUACGCUUCAAACCAAGCGAAAAUCGGUGGAGAAAUCUCGCGGCCGCCCGCAGGCGGUAUUGGAAAACUGUUAAGGAACGGUACAAAAAGUACGAAAAAAAAAACUGUUUGUGAUGAAUAUUAUGAUAAUUAUUUAAUAAUAUUUUGUACAUAGACUGUAAUAAUGUACGUAAGAAUGGAAAAUGAGAUAAAUUUAAAAAAAAAAAAAUAAAAAUUUUCAGCACUUUGGAUUUAAGCAAGUGGUGGUUGAAUUUAGAAUUUAGCUCUGAAAGCUAAAACUAAUAGCGAGCAGAUACAUUAUAGUGAUGCUUUUUUCCUUAGAAGUAAGGCGCACCAAGCCGAGCGACGACCAGGUGGAAAAUACUUAGAUUUUUUUUCCUCAACCUCAAAUGAAGCGUAAAACUAAUUGCUUGAAAUUAGAGAUACUUUGCGUGGUAUGCAUUUAUUCUUCGCGCCGAAGAAGGAAGCUAAUGCAUCGUUGUUUAAUUCUAUAACUAUUCUAUUGGUUGGUCUGUUGUGCCUGUGGUUGAACUAAUCCUUUUUUACUUUUUUUUUGUCUUUGUCUGCAACCGACGCGGAUUAUGGCUUAUUGCGAUGUGGACAUAAUAAACGCGUAUGGCUAGUUUUAACAGUAUAUUUCGGCUGGUUAGGAAACAAACAAAAAAACGAGAGAAAAAAACAAACAUCGGAAUCAAACCUAAACUAUUUAUGCGAAAGCAUAAGCGAUAAUCGUAAGGCGCAAUAUGAAGAUUGCUAUUGUUGUGUAAAUAUAUAUAUUAUACAGAAAUAAACCUUUGAAAAUCUAA